GUGAAUGCGCGGAGGAAAGCAGCCCUGAACAUCAGCUUUGCCCAACAUCACCCUCUCGUCUCAAAUCUUACGCACGUUCAUCAUGCUGCUGCUCGGACUCUUACCACUCAUGUUGCUAAGGGGUUGCGGUUGCCAGGCGGCAGACGCUCCCCUGGACGUAACAGCGGAGUUCUCGGUCAGAAUGUACCACCAGCUUCAGAUCCUGGGGGGUGAGGAGAACAUCAUCUUCUCUCCUCUGAGCGUGGAGUUGGCUCUGGGCAUGGUGGAACUGGGUGCCCGCGGAUCCUCUUUAGAGGAGAUCAGACAGGCGCUGGGCUACAGCAAUUUAAGAGAAGAUGAGGAGUUCUCGCUGAUGAGCAACCUCACCCGAGCGCUGUCUGUAGACACGUAUGUGGUACGGCUGGUAAAUUCGCUCUUCCUGCAGACGGGGGUCCGCUUCAACAAAGACUUUCUGCAACUCAUGAAGAUCUUAUUCAGAGCUGAGGUGGAGACGGUGGACUUCAGCGAAUCAGCAGCUGUGUCUGAACACAUUAACUCAUGGGUCGAAAACCACACAGAGAGCAAGAUCCACAACCUGGUGUCGGCUGAUGACUUCAGCAGCGCUACAAAGAUCAUGUUGGUGAACGCCAUGUACUUCAGAGGCAGCUGGAAGAACCAGUUCAGACCAGAAAACACCAGAACCUUCUCCUUCACCAAAGAUGAUGGCAGUGAGGUCCAGACCCUGAUGAUGUACCAACAGGGAGAGUUUUACUACGGAGAGUUUAGCGAUGGCACCACAGAGGCAGGAGGGGUGUAUCAGGUUUUGGAGAUGCUCUAUGACGGUGAAGACAUGAGCAUGAUGAUUGUCCUGCCCCGUCAAGAGGUUCCUCUGGCCAGCCUGGAGCCCAUCAUCAAAGCUCAGUUGCUGGAGGAGUGGGCCAACAAUGUCAAGAGACAGAAGGUGGAGGUCUACCUGCCCAGAUUUAAGGUGGAACAGAAGAUGGAUCUGAAGGAAACUUUGCAGCAGCUGGGCAUCAAGAACAUCUUCACCAAAGACGCAGAUCUGUCAGCCAUGACAGCUGAGACAGAAGAUGGACAGAAUCUAUUUAUUGGGAAGGUGGUACAGAAAGCUUGCCUGGAAGUGACAGAGGAGGGGGCAGAGGGGGCUGCGGGAUCAGGUAUGAUUGCGUUGACAAGGACGCUGGUGUUGUACCCUCAGGUCAUGGCCGAUCAUCCCUUCUUCUUCAUCAUCAGAAACAGAAAAACAGGGUCAAUCCUUUUCAUGGGCCGCGUCAUGACCCCUGAAGUCAUCGAGCCCUUUGACGACAACUUUGAUAUGUAAAACUGCUGUGAUGGCAAUGUUACACCAAACCGAGUUACUAACUGUAUCUUCUACAAAUCGCAAAGUUAAAUCAUCACACAAAACAAGUUUGUUGGUUCAUGACGUCGCCGUUGUUUACUUAACACAUGAGAAACUAUUAUAUACGCAGAAUAUUUAUAUGAUAAAGGUGAUUGUGUUUUGAUAAGCUUUAACCACACCAGAAAUACAAAGCUGUAAAUAUUUAAUACGUCUUUGCAACCGCUCCAUUACACGGACUCAUGUUCCAUCACAUGUCUUAGACAACACCAGCAUUGUUCACUCCUGUAUUCUUAGAUCUGUAUAUUUGCUAUUGUGUUUAUGACGUGCGCAGUAUUCUCAAUGUUAUCUCAGUCCUAAUUUCGGUUCCGUCUUGGUUUUCCACGUGGCUCAAGUACUGCUCACAUACUAAUAUGCCUUAUUAUAUAAAUAUAUGAGUUUUUGAUUUAAUGAAAGGUUGGAUGUACAGGUAGCGCUGUUGCCAUGGAAACUCAGGCGGACUGGAGAGACUGCAUUUGGUAUGAUGGUUUAAAAAAUAUACCAGCUGUUAUCUCUAUUUCAGAAAUAAAGAUGAAUGUCAAUGAGA